AUGGCGGAAAAGUCAGACGAGGACUUGGGAAACGAGGAUGUUUCUUCGACAAAUAGUGGACGAAUAACAUUUAAUCAAGUUAAAUUCGUCGGUAUUGAGUAUCCAGGAUACAUCAAAGAUGAAAACCAGAUGCUCGAAACACUAGGAGGGGAAGAAACUGUGGCAAAAACUUACUCCAGCCCUGGGAGGAGAUUAGAACUGUCUUUUCGUCCGGACGAUCCAUACUGCCAUGCGGUAUGCGGUGAUCGAUACUCUACUCCAAACCUUUUGCUCAGAGUAAAACAACGAAAAAAGAAGAGUAGAGAUGGGAGUAGCGAGCCGACGGUAGUAAAAUAUGAACAGGAGAUACUCGGGAUAGUGGCGAACACAUUCAAGUAAGAUAUUGUAGCUGGUGCAAUGUUCAAGCUUUACUAUCUGGGCUUUAAUAUUAGGUUAUUUCAUGAUGCGUUACCAAUACAGUGAAAUAAGGGUUUUACUGAAGAGCUUUGUCAAACGUAAGGUGCAUUUAUAAUGCAGUGAUACCACUGUGCCAACUCAGUUGAUCAAAUGAAAUUUGACUUUAGCACGACAGCAGCAUAGAAUCGUACAGAAAAUCGGAAAACCGAUUUGCAUGACGGUGCUCUGCUUGCACUUACUUCAGUAGUCAUACUACUGCCGUGUAUUAUAGUGAUNGUAAGGUGCAUUUAUAAUGCAGUGAUACCACUGUGCCAACUCAGUUGAUCAAAUGAAAUUUGACUUUAGCACGACAGCAGCAUAGAAUCGUACAGAAAAUCGGAAAACCGAUUUGCAUGACGGUGCUCUGCUUGCACUUACUUCAGUAGUCAUACUACUGCCGUGUAUUAUAGUGAUAGCUCUUCUCCUCAGGUCACAGCUCAUGUAUCACAAGUAACAGGUCCAGCGCUCUCAACCCCUCAUGUCUUCAAAUGUCGAGAAUUGAUAGGGAAGUAAGGGAAGGGAUAAUAGAUGACAUCAUACCGCACGGCACAUGACGUCAUUUGAGCAAAAAAUACUGUUGACUCCAAUCGCUACAAAUAUGUGAUGGCACAAAACACAUGAAAAAGAUGUUGUUUGCAUAGUAACAUUUUGCCUGAUUGCUUAACUUCCCACCAAUCACUUUAUCAUUAAGUUACAAUGGCAUACCAGAGUUUUUGAGGAUGUUAACAUUACAAUAGCUCAAACAAUGCAAUAGAUGAAAUUUUUAAUAUUAUCGGAAAGUCGAGUCUACUGAAAUGAAGAAAUGGCAAACUUCAGCAAUUAUCUGGGGGAUUUCAUACUCUAACCUGGAGACCGGGAGAUACAGCCCAAGAUUUGGAGUCUCCCAGAUUAUGAUGGCACUGCAGGUCACAGGUGCUCGCAGAGUGUGUUGAACUUCAAAUAUUGUGUGUAGUUAGGUAUCUUCUUGUGUCAAUUCUUGUAGGGUUAAAAUAAAGAAAGCCCUGAAGGCUGUGUUGAAUAUAGACAAUAGAAACCAUUUUAAUUAGGUCUCUGUAUUUUCAGGUUUGAAGUAUUGGCAGAUUUUCAGUAUCUUGUUCCUGACAUGCCUGAGUUUCUAAAGGAAGUUAAAGAUGCCGAUGCUUUGGAUCAAGAUAUUCCCCUUCAUCUUCCUCCUCCAGUGUUUGCGCGAUUUGACAAACCACAAAAUUAUAAUUACCAAUCUGUUCCACACAGCAAUAAACAAGAAAAUAACACAGAUGAGGAAAGGUGCAGGCAUCCUCUGCAUGAGAUUAUUAUUUUUUAUAGUUACUGUGAAACUCAAAGGGUUUUGUUUAUCAUUUGUCUCUGAUUUUCAUUUAGGUAUUGAUUGUAAUGUUUUAACUGCGCACUGCAGGUCUUCAUCAGGCGAAAGCGUCAAUUUGGCUAUUAAUAUCUUAGUGAGGAUCAUGAAAUAAAUGAUCAACAAAACUAUUUUUACUCAUUAACCACAAUGAAAAAUAUCUUUCAUGAUGGUGACCAGAAAUAUUUAUGGAAUGUCAGUGUCUCCCCCUUGAGGAAAAAGCCAAUGAUACAAAACUUAACAGUAAACUCCAACUGUAAUUAGUUUAUGGUCUAUGUUCUGCUCUUCAUUGUGAUUGGUCAUCUCUUCAACAUUCCUGAAUUGUAUCAGGUUUUCUGAGUUUGACUCACUAUAAUAUUUCUCUGUUAAGAUUUUUCAGUAACCCAUGUUUAGUUAAGCUAAACAUGAAAUAGUAUUAUUAAAUUUAGACUAUUAAAAUCACAGGAUGAGUUACAAAUUAGAAAAUCAGCUUUCCUGAUUGAGGUGAAAAGUCCCUUUAGUUAACCAGACCCAAGAAAUGAAAAGCUAAGCAUGACAUUUGACAAAUACAUUUAAACCCUUCUCAACAGACAUCUUAUUAAGAUGAGCAUCUUCCUUAAAAUUGGUGCAGAUAGGUUUUUUAUUAACUCAUUCCUUUGACUUUCAAUAGAAACUCUUUAGAACUUUAGAGUUCGUGUGAUAGACAAUGUGAUGAGCUAGUUUUAAAAAUAUUUUUCAUUUGUUUAUUAUUGUUCUUUUAACUCAGAUCUACUAGAAAACUUUGCAUACAUGUAUGCUUUUCUUUCUUUAUCCUUUAUUCACUUUCUUGCUUGCUUCCUUUCCUAAAUUUAUUUUUAAGAGCAGAGAUAUCAUAAAAAUUGCCAAGAAAUUCCUGCAAUUUGCUCUUCAGUGAUAGUACUAAAAUUUGUAUAUCCAACCGUUUUCAGUUCAACUGGAACAAGCACUAGAAUGAGACGACCAGCUAAUGCCAUGGCUGUCAACUUUAGUAUGGCUGAGGUCCCUUCAUCACCAAAUCCCAAAGCUGUGGAAAUAGCAACUAAAACAAAAGAUGUUCAUUUGGAGACAAUAAAAAAACUGUUUACCACAAGACCUAUCUGGUCAAAAACUGCGCUACUAUGUCACAUGAAUGGUGUAUCAAAUGAAAGGCUUAAAAAUUUACUGGCAUAUGUUGCAUUUUACUGGAUCAAUGGACCAUGGAGAACAUUAUGGAACAGGUUGGGCUAUGAUCCUCGGAAAGAUCCUAGUGCAAAAAUGUAAGUUGUAAAUUUUUUUACUUGAUGACUGCUUCACUGGUGAUGUAAGGAGGUGAGGUGCCCGGAAGAGUGUAGCUUGUGAACAAGCUCUCUGGGGUGCUCUGUUGAUGGGGCAGGAAAAGAAAGGAGAGCUUUCAACUAUGUGUCUGGAUUUUGAAUAUCUGCAUUGAAAAAGUCGAUGCAAAAUGCUGAUUGGCGGAGAUGACAGUAAUGAUGUCAUUACUCUUGGUACAUGUUUUUCAAUAUUUGUUUACAUUCGUGUGCUGAUUUGCGGAUAUUUAACAGCACAGUCGAUGGGUAGCCAAAGGGGAAUUGGAGGUGAAAUUCAAAUUCCAGAGACUUAGUUGCAAGCGUCUUUCCUCCGCAGAGGCUCCCGCUGGGUAUUCCUAAAAAGGUAGCAAUAAUCAAAAAAAUAGAAAGCGUGCAGGGACGAUGGGAAGAAGGAAAAGGUGCCCUGCGCACUCUCUUUUUCUUUCUCCCCAGCCUCCCCACAACACAAGAGGCCUCUGCGGAGGAGAGAGGUUUUAAGCUCUCCUUCCUUUUCCUGCCCUACUGCCAGAGUACCCCAGAGAGCUUGCCGCAGGCUAGGGGGAGCGGGGGGACUCCAUAUAAUGACCUGUAGGUCGAAGCUCUGCUUGAAAGGGGUCAGGCUUCAUGUACAUCAAAGGUAGGGAAUUCAGGAGUUGAAGGAUAUGAUAGGGUAGAAAAUAUAUCAUUUGAGUAUUUAAAAGGGUCUUUUAUUAAAAAUUUCGAAAAGAUGCACCUUAUGGUUAUAUCAUUUUCAUUUAUUAAACGUUAUUUUACGCUACACAAAUUUUAUUAAAAAUAGCACAAAAAGACAAGAAGACUGCCUGUUUUAGUGGUUUAUUCUUUUGAAGAGGGUUACCAUUUUUCAGUAGACUGUGUUUAAAAGGGAUUCCUUUUUUCCUUAAUAAUGGUAUAAUAAAGGGUUAGGUGCAACUAGCAAUUAAGAGCCUGGAACAGGCUAAUCCGCAUUAUGCUUGAAUCUUAAGAACUGUUUCAACAUUAAACAGAUAUCAGAUGUUAGAUUACCGUAUUGGAAGCAGAAAAGAGACUAGAGACCUUCCAAUAAAAGCCAAGAGAGAUUCAAGUGUUUACAUUCUACCAAACUUAAUAAAGAAAGGAGGCACUUCUAAAACAUUAGUAAAAGAAGUUGUGAGGAUCAGCAGUGAUGAUAAAGCAAGUGAAGAGCAAACUCAAGAGCAAGAAUAUCCAUAUGUGUUCACCCCCGAUAAAAUGCCCAAACAAAAACAGUUGUUUUAUCAACUGUGCGAUCUACAUGAUCCAGAGAUUCAGGGACUUAUCAGCAGAAAUGACGGACAGGUCAGUAUUUUUUCUUUAAGUUUUAUUUUUUACACAGUCGAACUCUUCUGAAGGCGUAAAAUUAACGCCUCAUGAAAUGAACACGAAUUUUUUAUGUUCGCGUUAAUUCAGCUGUUAAUUUAAGUCGCAUCAAUUUUUAUAAACGGUAAUUUCCGCGCUGUUAAUUAAUUAUUAUUUCAUAGUUUCAUUACUGUUAUUUGCGUUCCUUAGUAAAAGAAUUGGGGCGCCUUGUAACUCGGCAGACUAUCCUGGUUUUAUAUAUUUUUUUUAGCCAUUUAAAUUUAGACGCGUGUGCGGGGUUUGCUCUGGCGAAUUGUGAUUGGCUAGGAAGAACAAUUGCCUUCUAUCAAGUAUUUUCUCAGCAGGGUAGGGUGGCUUUGGGCUAAUGAUGUAUCGGUCCCCAGAAAGGUCACCUCAGGACUCCCGGGAUGGAUUUUUUUUGUACAGUGCCCAGGCCUCAUUUUCCUGGCCGCACGUUGAUCUGGCCAGGCUGCUUCGGCGAGCAUAUUCUCGGUCUGUUUGGAUUAUGUCCUUCGAGUUUGUCAAAGUCUGUGGGAUUCGUUUCUCUAUCCGGGAAAGCUUCAUUGGUUUCUAUAUCUGCUGCUAUCCUAUUUCUACGAUCCUGGCAUGUUUAUUUUCCGUUGGAGUUGGAAUUUCGAGGAAAAAGUUGUCUUGAAUGAGAGCAUGUUGGCGAAAAUGGCAUCUCGUGUCUCCUACCUUGUAUAUUAUUAUUGUAUACGGAGUGAAUUUGAACAAAUUACUGCAAAUUAUCACGAAACUUCGUUGGAGCAAUAAGUACAACAACAAUUAACUGUAGAGUAAGUUUCAUUGAUCUUUAAUUAUUUAGUAUUUCCUAGAAAUUAUAGGGUCGUAUUUUUACCCAAUACAAACACUUUAAUUUUACUGGAACCGUACUGUGGUACUAUCACAGAGCCUGGGUUACCUGUGGAGAGGGCACAAAAAGUGGAGUACCCGGGGUAAAACCUCAAAUUCAAUCCGCAUACGGUGGGAGGAGAAUGCGCUACCCUCACCUACCCCACCCCCAAUUCGCCACUCCAGACACGAUAAGGGGAAUGGAUACAAGCUUUCGGCGCAACAAUGUCUGGGAUUGUUUGGGUGGACAAGCGUUAGUUAUGAUUGGUCGAUGGUAUUCAAGGCAACAAUUAACCAAUCAUAAGUAACGCUUGUCCACCCAAACGAUGCCAGAAAUCAUUGCGUCAAAAGCUUGUAUUCCCCUUAGAGUUUUCUGGAGUGGGGAAUUAAAGUAAGACAACCUUCUGAUACCAGUGCAUUUUGGUUUUACUUUAUUGUAUUAGGAAGACGAGCUCCUUGAUCGUGAUGGAUGGUGUUUACCAGGAACCGCUAAUGAGAUUCGAGAGAUUCUUCAUCGACGGACUGCUGAUUUGGCCGAGAGGUUCAAACAACAACAGUCAGGGGUGGGGGAGGAGGUGGAACAGACUACAUCUCAAUUACAACUCACAGGGGAGGAGUGGACUGGUCACGAGGGAGUGAAAAACUUCUUGGAAUUGCUGGAAAAGGACGAUGACAUUGAAGCGUACGAUAUUUUUGACGACGUAACAGAAGGCGACGAGUAAUCGUAAGGUGUAUUUGCUUCAGAGAAUUGUACGCUAAUGGUGUUGUCAAUCUUUCUUCGCCUAUUUUGAAACGAGUUCACUCGAUUAUUUUCUAACGAAAGAGAGGUGAACAUCCUUGAACAGCGUAUGACUUGCUUAGCAGAUUCCAAAAGAGGUUUGGGGUUUGGGGGG